UGGAUAUUAUGGCCGUUUAACUGUGUUUAAUACAUUGGAAUUCAUUUUUAUUUUAAACUUGUAUGACAUUUUAAGUAAAUGUGCUUAAGAUAAUACAGUUUAGAAAAAAGGGAGAGUUAUAGAAACACAUAAGAAACCAACUUCCACGAAUAAGAAACAGCUUGAACAAGAAACCUUCCUUAUCGUUAUACAAAGCAAGAUUUGAUUGCCAAUGGUAUUCAUUAAACUUAUGCAAGUUGUUUAGGAGCAAGAUGGCAUCAGCAUGUUGGACGUUAAGAGCGUGUACAGGAAGGAGUUGGUGUCAGGGUCGUAGGCUUCUCACUGAGCAGAGGAAUGGAUUCAGGAAAGCCCCUAAGAAGCCUGAACGAGGGGAGACAGAAGUUCGGGGUGGAUCUGAGACGGCAAAAAGCAGCUUCACACCACCAAUUGCAGAUGCAACAGUCCCAACGCGGUCCUACAUGCUGAGGCGGCUCUAUAAACCUCUCUUCUUUACUGUUGGGUUUUCAGGCUGUUCUUUUGGAUUCGCUGCUAUUUGGCAGUACGAGUCAGUAAAAUUUAGAAUGAAAAAUUAUCUUGAAGAUAUUCGAGCAGAUUGGUUAGAAAAGAUACGUCCACCAAAGCAAGGGGAAUUCAGGAAACAGGUGAAUCAGUGGUGGAACAGUCUGAGUGAUGGGCAAAGAACAGUGUCAGGUAUAAUUGGAGCCAACAUACUCGUCUUCUGCCUCUGGAGAGUACCUUCGAUGCAGCGCACAAUGAUGCGAUACUUCACAUCUAAUCCUGCAUCUCGUACCCUUUGUCUUCCCAUGAUCCUCUCUACAUUUAGUCACUUCUCCUUCUUUCACAUGGCAGCUAAUAUGUAUGUCCUGUGGAGCUUUUCAUCUAGCAUUGUCUCCAUACUCGGUCGGGAGCAGUUUUUUGCUGUCUUCAUGUCUGCUGGAGUAAUUUCUACUUUCACCAGCUACUUGUGCAAAGUAGCCUCAGGACGCCUUGGACCAUCUCUAGGAGCUUCUGGUGCAAUAAUGACAAUCUUGGCUGCAGUCUGUACAAAGAUGCCUGAAGCAAAGCUGGCCAUUAUUUUUCUUCCAAUGUUCACAUUCACUGCAGGAAAUGCUCUAAAAGCUAUUAUCGCUCUGGAUUCUGCUGGUCUCAUAUUGGGCUGGAGGUUUUUUGAUCAUGCUGCUCACCUUGGGGGUGCCCUGUUUGGAAUUUUGUACGCAUUAUACGGUCAUGAAAUUAUCUGGAAGAACAGGGAGCCACUGGUAAAAAUAUGGCAUGAAUUUCGGAAAGGACCACCAAGGAGUGGAGCAGCAUGAUAUGUAAAACUUCACCAUAAAGAAAAGUGUAUAUGAUUUGCAGUGCUGUGCGCCAGAAUGAUAUAAGUUUUAAGUAAUAAAACCAAUUAAAUAUUU